AAAAUGUCCUAGCUAAAACGAAUGAAUGGAUGCUGUGAUGCACUGAGGUGCCUUUGCUCACAUCUGUCCAAGAUGACAUGAACGUUUAAGCUCGCAAUUCAACCCUCUCGCUCCUGUCUUCCGCGAAUUCCCGCCGCUGGGUACCAUGGCAACAAGGAUGAAGCUGAAGCUGAAGACUGUGUUUGUGCUCUACUUCAUGGUCUCUCUUCUGGGCCUCAUCUAUGCACUGAUGCAGCUUGGUCAGCGCUGUGACUGCGCAGAGCACGAUAGGACCAACGAGCGUACCAUAUCUCGGCUGCGGGGGGAGCUGCACCGUCUUCAGGAGCAGAUGAGGAAGUCGGAGGCGACCAAACAACCCCAGAAACAGGCAGCCAAGCCCUCUCUGCCCACCAUCUUUGUCAUCACCCCAACAUAUGCAAGGCUGGUGCAGAAGGCCGAGCUGACUCGUCUGUCUCAGACAUUCCUCCAUGUUCCUCAGCUCCACUGGAUUGUGGUGGAAGACUCGCCUCAUAAGACGCCACUGGUGACUGACCUCCUGGUAAAGAGCGGUCUGACCUACACACACUUACACAUGCCCACUGCCAAAGAUCGGAAACUCCAGGAGGGUGACCCCAGCUGGCUGAAGCCUCGUGGAGUCGAGCAGAGGAAUGAGGGUCUACGGUGGCUCAGAGAGGACAGAAGGGCUCAGCCAGGAGGUGGCAACCAGCAGGGAGUGGUUUACUUCGCUGAUGACGACAACACAUACAGCCUGCAGAUAUUUGAAGAGAUGAGGAGUACCCAGCGAGUAUCAGUGUGGCCAGUGGGGCUGGUUGGAGGGAUGAAAUAUGAGAGGCCUGUGGUUGAAGGAGGAAAGGUGGUUCGCUUCCAUACUGGCUGGCGUCCCAGUCGCCCCUUCCCGAUGGACAUGGCUGGCUUUGCUGUGUCCCUCAAACUGGUCCUGGCCAAUCCAGAGGCUUGUUUUGAUGGAGAAGCGCCAAUGGGCUUCCUAGAAAGCAGCUUCCUUCAGGGAUUGGUUACCAUGGACGAGCUGGAGCCCAAAGCGGAUAACUGCUCUAAAGUGCUGGUGUGGCACACACGGACAGAGAAACCGAAGAUGAAGAGAGAGGAAGCUCUGCAGGCUCAGGGACUGGGUUCAGACCCUGCUGUGGAGGUCUGAGGAACACACACACACACACACAGAAACACACACAUAUUGUAAAGAAUAUUCUGCUGUUUAAUGCUGCAUAUGUAACUCUGCGUUGUAAAUACUGUAAAACAGAAAAAUAUCUGUUAGAGGUGACAUUUAAAUUUACCUGGUUAUUACUGGUCGUUUUUUGUGUCAGGUAGUAAACGUAUGUGUGUGUAUAUAUUGAGUGAGUGUGUGUGUUGUUGUAACUGUGCUGACUGUAUGUUAGUGCACAUAUCAGGGUUUUCUUUGGUUUUUAGUGAGUUAGACGUCUUUAUUUAGCAGCACAGAGGAUGAUUCCAAUUCCAAACAUUUGCCUGAGGGGGGCGCCAAUUUAAAAUUUUGUAAAGCCGUGCAGUUAGACCACCAGGACAUUUCUGCUCAAAGCUGGAGGAAUGAUCCGUCUCAUUACUGACUUGCAUACUUGCAUCAUUCAUAGGGAUUUACAUGUUGUGAUCAGUGGAAAUCCUGCAGUAUAACCUAAUUCUGGCAGCCGUUGGACAUAGUUCUGUUCAGAUUCACAACAGCUCUGGCUCCAUCUCUCGCCGAUGAUCCCUGUGUUGGCUGUAUCUGAUCUGUACCAGCUUUGUCCGUUCAGAAACCAACAUCUUGGCUGGUUUCUGUCUGAGAUGCAGUUGCCAUGGAGCACCCUGUUCAUGCAUGGCUUCUAUUUUUGUGAAAUUAAUGUAAGUCCAUAUUUAGCCCUAUAGAUGCUUUUUUUAGUCACAUGUCAAGAAAGUGACGCCUUCAUCGGAGGAUGAUCGUGAUCUUCAUGUGGUAAUGUGGAGCAAACAUAGUACUCAGGCGCAUUUUUUGACCGUAAACAAUCUUCAUAGCCACAAAACACGUCAGACAGGAAACUAAUCCUAGUAACUAAUUGUUGCUUUGCCUUUAUUAUGCUCUGAUACACCUGGUGUUACAAACACUACUAGUACAACUUAGCAACACUAUGCUGCAACACAGACCUAACAAAUACAGAGAUGUAGUGGUUCCACACCCAGUGUAGCUUUAAUGUUACAGCUCAGAGUUCAAAUGCUGGGUUUUAUUAGUGUUAUAGCAUAACAACAACUAUCUCUAACAGGCAUUUUUAUGUGUAUACUUUUAGUAAUGCUCUUCAAAAACAUACAGUUUCUAUUUAGAAGCUCUGAAUAAGGGAACAACUUUACUGACACUUGUAGAAAUUCUUUAUGCACAAUACACAAUACAAAACAUGCCUUUAAUAGACAAAAUGAAUCCCUGGUACUUUACAUUAGCAUUUACAUUGGAUAAUAUUAAUAUUAAUUGAACUACUCAGCGUGUGUUUGAUUAUCUUUCAUGACAUCUUCAGAAAUCGGAAGAACAAAGAGCAAAGUAACGUUAAAGUUCAACCCUGUGCUCCUCAGCUACUGUUGUACGAUACUGUAAAAACAGCUGGUGCCUGCUUACAUGUAAUUAGUGCCUGUAAGUCAGUUCUCUACUGGUGUAUAAUGUAUUUAUUAUUGUAAUAUUCUUUACACUGUACAAUGUGAUCAUGUCUGUCCUUGGUCUUGAAAAUAAACAUAACUAAACAUG